UGAAAAAAUAGAAGUUGUUUUGAAAUUGUCUUGAACGUCCGGUGCAGCAGCGACACCUCCGACUAUUUGAAAUUUAUCGGAGCACUUGACAAUCAAGAAAAUAAUUGAUAACGUACAGUGAUGGCCACUGAGAAGCAUAAAGAAUUGUCGGGCUUCAUAAAAGAGAUACACAAUCGACUUCGACGAGAGUCUCAGCUCUAUGGGUCCGAAGAAGCUUGGAAUCGACAUCUGUCAAGAACCAGAGACUUGCAGAAUUAUGCAGAUUCCAUGAAAGAGUUGGCAACAGCUCACUGGACCCAAAGCCACAAUUCACUCCACAAAAAUCCCUCCACCCAUUGUCGAAUCCACUGGAUCAAGAAACAAUGCUAUAAAUAUUACUUCGAAAAGGGUAAAGAUAAAUACGACGAACGAGAACAAUUUAUUUCCUUUAAGAUCGAAGGUCAAGGGUCUUCAAUUCUCCCUACGACUUCCACGUUUUCUCCACCGGGUGAAAAUGAUUGUCUCUCACCGAGAAUAAGGAUAUUAGACGUGGGGAGUUGUUAUAAUCCUCUUGGAGAUGAUGGAAACUUCGAUGUGACUCCCAUAGAUCUAGCCCCCUACUCCAAUCACGUCCUGAAGUGCGAUUUCUUGGAUGUUUCUGUCGGGAAAACUACAGAAACCAAAGACAAUCAAGAGGUCAUUUCAUUAGGAAGGAAUAAUUACGACGUCUGCGUGUUUUCCCUCCUCCUGGAGUAUCUUCCAUCCCCAGAUCAACGAUUCCACUGUUGUAAGAAGGCUUAUGACAUCUUAAAACCUGGGGGACUUCUCAUAAUCAUCACUCCUGACUCUAAACACGUGGGGGCGAACGCCAAAAUCAUGAAAUCCUGGAGAUUCGUUUUGGCUCAUCUCGGAUUCAUGAGGAUCACUUACGAAAAAUUAACCCACAUCCACUGUAUUUCCUUUCGGAAGUGUUUUGACAAAAAAGUUGCAGCUAGAUGGGCUGAGAUGCAAAAUUUCGACAAAGAUAAGUCAUUGUUCAACUCGUUAAAUAAAAUAUUUAUACCUCAGGAUUUUCAGGAGAUUAAAGAAAUUAAAUCUUUUUGUGUUGAGGGAGAGAAAGGGACUUUUUAUAGUGAGAGUGAGAAAUCUAUAGGAUUUGGAGAAUUACCAGAAUUUUUUGAUGGAAUAAAUUGAUUUAAGAACGAGUA